CUGAUGUUUUACGUUAUUGGUGGAAUGACAGUGUCUGUGGUUGCAUUCUUCUUCACAAUUAAGUUCCUCUUUGAGCUUGCCGCACGUGUAGUCAGCUUCCUCCAGAAUGAGGACCGUGAGCGUCGAGGGGACCGGACUAUUUAUGACUACGUGCGGGGCAAUUACCUGGAUCCCUGGUCCUGCACAGUCUCCUGGGAUUGGAAGGACCCCUAUGAGGUGGGCCACAGCAUGGCCUUCCGAGUGCAUUUGUUUUAUAAGAAUGGGCAGCCUUUCCCCACACAUUGGCCAGUGGGACUGAGAGUUCACAUCUCCCAUGUUGAGCUCGCAGUGGAAAUUUCGGUGACCCAGGAAGUCCUUCAGGAGCCCACUUCCAGCGUGGUAAAAGUGGCCUUCACUGUGCGCAGAGCUGGGCGUUAUGAAAUCACAGUGAAGCUUGGUGGAUUAAAUGUGGCCCACAGUCCUUACUAUAAAAUUUUUCAACCUGGAAUAGUAAUUCCUUCCAAGACUGAAAUUGCGUGCCAUUUUUCUACUCUUGUGUUGACCUGUGGCCAGCCACACACCCUUCAAAUAGUGCCCCGGGAUGAGUAUGACAACCGUACAAACGAUUCCAUGUCCUUGAGAGAUGAGCACAAUUACAGUUUGUCCAUUCACGAGCUCAGUCCUCAAGAAGAGGAGAGCACUGGUGUCUCCUUUGAGAAGUCACUGACUACCAACAGGCCGACUUGCCAGGUGUUCUUGCUACUCAUCCUGCAUUCCCAUGGCUGUUUCCAUGCCUGCAUUUUAUACCAAAACCAACCAAUAAAUAAUGACAAGUUUGACAUUAUUGUCCUAAGUAAUGAAAAGAACAUUGUUGAGCACAAUGUAUCCACCUCAGGGGUUAGUAUUUACUUUGAGGUCUAUUUGUAUAAUGCCACCAACUGGCACCUUCCCCCCAUGCACGUGAGGUCUUUUCAAAGCUGGCCUUCCACUGCUGUGGAGGAGGAAGAUGAAGAUUCACCCUUUGAGUGCUACACCCCAGAGAAAGUGAAGAAACCAAAGAAGGUGUACUGCUACGUGUCACCAAAGUUUUCGUACCUUGGCCCUGACCCCGUCCAUAAGCUCCUCACUCUGGUGGUAGAUGAUGGCAUCCAGCCUCCCGUGGAGCUCAGCUGUAAGGAGAGGAACAUUCUAGCAGCCACAUUCAUCCGCUCCCUCCAUAAGAACAUAGGAGGCUCUGAGACCUUCCAGGACAAGGUGAACUUUUUCCAGAGGGAGCUACGGCAAACACAUAUGAAAAGACCCCAUUCCAAAGUCACCUUGAAAGUCAACAGACACUCCUUGUUGGAAUCGUCUUUGAAAACCAUCUCAGAUUAGAGCAAGAACUUUGAAGUGGUUUUCCAAGAUGAAGAAGCCCUCGACUGGGGAGGAUCUCGCCAGGAGUGGUUCAAACUGGUCUGCAAGGCACUGUUUGAUACCACCAGUCAGCUCUUCACUCGAUUCCAUGUUAACAACCAAGCAUUGGUGCAUCCCAACCCGAACCACCCCGCCCAUCUGCGGCUAAAGAUGUAUGAGUUUGCAGGGCUGCUGGUGGGCAAGUGCCUCUGUGAGUCCUCUCUUGGCGGGGCCUACAAGCAGUUGGCCCGCGCUCACUUCACCCGAUCUUUCCUGGCCCAGAUCAUAGGACUGCACAUGCAUUACAAGUACUUUGAAACAGAUGACCCAGAAUUCUAUAAAUCUAAAGUUUGUUUCAUCCUCAACAAUGACAUGAGUGAGAUGAAGCUGGUCUUUGCAGAGGAGAAAUACAAUAAAUCAGGUCAGCUGGAUAAAGUUGUGGAACUCAUGACAGGUGGAGCUCAAAUCCCAGUCACCAAUGCAAAUAAAAUCUUCUAUUUAAAUUUGCUGGCCCAGUACCAUCUGGUCGGUCAAGAGAAAGGGGAGGUGGAACAUUUUCUAAAAGGCCUGAAUGAUUUUGUCCCUGAAAACCUUUUGGCUAUUUUUUAUGAGAAUGAACUUGAACUGCUGAUGUGUGGGACUGGGGACAUCAGUGUGUCUGACUUCAGGGCCCAUGCAGUGGUGGUUGGUGGUUCAUGGCAUUUCAGAGAGAAGGUCAUGAGAUGGUUUUGGACUGUGGUUUCCAGUUUGACCCAGGAGGAGUUGGCUCGGCUGCUUCAGUUCACAACAGGCUCCUCUCAGCUACCACCUGGAGGCUUUGCUGCCCUCUGCCCCUCAUUCCAGAUUAUUGCUGCUCCAACCCAUAGCACGCUGCCUACUGCACACACGUGUUUUAACCAGCUGUGCCUCCCUACGUACGACUCAUAUGAAGAGGUGCACAGGAUGCUGCAGCUGGCCAUCAGUGAGGGCUGCGAGGGCUUUGGCAUGCUCUGA